GUCCAUGUCUCAUUUCAAGCUCUCUCUCUCUCUCUCAUGCAGUUCAAAGGAUUAAUCAAAGUCGCCGCUUAAUCCGCUCUUCUUCAUCCUCAUUUACCCUUCCCAACAUCCACUUUUGGAUUUGCCCCUUUUUCCCCUGAAUUUUGAUCCUUAAACAUCUUCUUUUUCUUUGGAUCUUUCAUCAAUAAGAUUGCAGUAUAGCAGCUCCCUUCAUAAGGAAAUAAACUAAACAAAAUUCUCUGAAUGAAAUAACACCAUUCUCUUCACCAAUGUCUUCUUCCUCUAUUCUUACAAAUUACCCUCUUAUUUGUGCUUUUAUUGCAUUUGCUAUUGCCCAAUCUAUCAAGUUCUUCACCUCCUGGUACAAGGAAAAGCGAUGGGAUAUCAAGCAACUUGUGGGAUCCGGUGGGAUGCCUUCGUCCCAUUCUUCUACUGUCACUGCUCUUGCUACUGCUAUCGGAUUCCAAGAAGGUUUUGGAGGAUCACUAUUCGCAACCGCAAUGAUCUUAGCUUGCAUAGUAAUGUAUGAUGCAACCGGUGUGAGAUUACACGCUGGACGGCAGGCAGAGGUCCUGAAUCAAAUUGUUUACGAAUUGCCUGCUGAACAUCCUCUGGCUGAGAGCAGACCAUUACGUGAACUUCUCGGUCACACCCCUCCCCAGGUUUUUGCUGGUGGACUGCUUGGUAUUGUAACAUCUGCUGCUGGUUAUUUUAUUAUCUAGGGAAUCAGGUAAAUGUUGAUGCUCAUAGUGAUCAUAGAUAUCAUUCUACAAUAGCUUCGAUAUUUGAACCUCGGUUGCCUCAUCGACUGCCACACAAACGAA